GGCACAGGGAGGUAUCUACAAUGAGAGGUUCAGUGGGUGCCUUUGUCUGGAAUUUGAAAGAAAGCUGAGGAUUGAAGAUGGAAAUUUGGGAGGCCUCUGACCUCAAGAAGUAGUUAAAACUUUGAGCUGUGCAUGAGAAUUCCCAGGGAGUGUCCAUAAGUGAGAGGGUAGGGGGCCAGGUGCCAGGCCCGCAAAUCUGUUUAAAUUCCAUGUGUUCCUUUAACAACAUGCCCCUCUGUGGUCAUUGUUUGGAGGAGAAUGUGCAUAUCCCACUUAGGGUCUCCGGUUCAAAGAUAGAAUCUCAUUGUUCACCAUGAUCCAUCUGGCCGCAGUAAGAUGUCAUUGUCUAUGAUCUACCAAAUCCCAUGGGCUCCUUUCCUUCUGCAGUAAAAGUCUUUCAAAAAUAAGACAUUUCCGAGAGACUUCAAAAACAAACCUGGCACGUCUACAGUCUAAAGGACUCUCUUGUUGAAAACCAGGAAAGACUUCCCAGUGUCAGGGGUUGCCCGUUUCUGUCCCUCUCAAAUCACUGGAAAUAAAGUCAGCUUGAAGAAUUAACUUAAGUAAUAAAACCAGGAAGAGCUGGAUGUGAAUGAGCUGAAACUGGAAGAAAUCCUUUUGUUCAUUUCAGGGGUUUCAGGGAGUGCUCAGCAGGCAGCUAAGCUAGUUCAUUAACUGAGGAGAAGCGUGUUCUGAAGCAGGCGCCCAGAAAAACAUAUUGUGUGGCAAAAAUGGACUCUAGAAAUCAUACACUCUAGAGUCAUGCAACUUUUGUUUUUGUUAAUGAAUGGCUUCCCUUCACCACACACACACAAAAAAUCAUUCAUUUAAAACAAUUAGCAAAUCUAUUUACCAGGAGAAGAUUUCUUUGCUAGGAAAAAUGUGAUAUUUCUGGCUACCCUGGAGCCAUCGACCUUUAGAAUUAUUUGAUUCUUAUAGCGUCAUUUUUACUACACACUUAAAAAAAAAAAGUUGACAUUUGAAAACCUUUUUCUCUGCUUUUGAAAUCCAAAUCCUAACUGAAGAGUCCGUAAGUGGCAUCCUGUCCAACCGAGGUGUUUUUUUCUUGACUAUGUCUUUGCCGUGUUAAAUUGUCCUACGUUGCACAGGAUGAUGCCCCAGGCCAGGCCUGUUGAGGGUCUCCGUUGCAUUGUUAGUAGGUACACGUCAGACAUGCUGAGAGGGCAGGUGGGAGAGGCUGAAGGACUUGAUCUCCUCCCUGCUAGGGCUCUCCUCUUUCACUAGUGCUGCUCCCACUGAACAGCCCUGAGAAUAAGCUCCUGUGUGAGCCCUCAGAGGCCAAGGAGUAUUGUUGAGUUCAGAAAGGAAUUGCUUUCUUUUUUGUGAUAAUUUGAAUAUUUUGACAAUGAAGCUAAGCUACUCUACUGCCUGGUUUGCUUACCUCACGUUCAGCGAGCCCUUUCCUGGGAAGCCGAAGGGAGUCCGGCCUCUCUGAAUACAUAAAUUGGUAUUGUCCACUUGUGAGCUGGGCAGACGCAAAGAAUCAUCUAGAAGAUUUCUUUUGCUUCAGUGUUUUAAAGCUCUUGAAAAAAAAGAUACAAAUGUUUAGGGACCACCUAAUUAAACCACAAUGGUAGAUGUUGAGCAUUUUGAGACAACAGGUGAACCAUGCAGUUGAUUUGUGAAGCUUUUGUACAUGCAAAACAAAGAAUAACUUCCAAACAGACUCCCCGGGUGAUUCAAGUAACCUGGUCACCUCCAGUUUUAUCCUGAACUUUGCUGGGUCAUUUUUAAAUGUUAGUUGUCUGACAAGGCCAUAUAUAUAUAUUUCUCAUUUUCAACUUAAAGCACUGUUCUUUUGCAAAAUAAAUGGUCAUAGCCCUUUUUUAAAAAAAUAAAAUUAAAGCAAGCAUCCAAGUGAAUAAAUCACUUAGGUGAGCUAAUUGGCUUUUUUUCAUAAUAAAUUUACUUUUGUACAAUUUAAGAGAACCCGAGCAGCUUUCCCCCUAAGAGGAUCUACUGGUUGGAAUAGUCUUAGUAGGAAGAAGUCAAAUUUUAUAAUUAAUUGGAGCAGAGAGACUGGUUUCCAAAUGCUCAUCAGGGUUGUGGUACAAAGCAGGUGACAGACUUGGCUUCUGAGAAUCUGGUAGAAACACAAGUUCUUGGGGCCCCAUUUUACCAUUUCAGUCUGUGCUAGUUUGCCCUGUGGCCUAGGAAUCUGUAUUUCUAAAGGACUUCCCUGCUGAUUCUCAUGCACAGCCAGGUUUAAUAAUCAUGGACUAUUUCAUUAGGAGGUACCCUGCAAAUUUGAUAAACCUAUAAGUCUAUAUGAAGCUUUUGUUGAAAGUGUCAACUGGAUAUUGCUGACUUUCUUUCAAUUCAUAAUUUGUUUCAGGUUCUGUUACUGCGUGGAUUUGCAUACCUGUUUUAUGGUAUUUUAAUACUGUUGGUUUAAAAGAAAUACCAUUUCCUCUGAGUGCUGUUUUGAAUAUUUUAUGUAAGCAACUUCAAGUAUUCUUUGUUUUACUCGCAGAAAGCAGGGAAAAACUUGAGCAUGGUUCUAAUCCAGUUGCAAGUAGGACAGAGGAUAUAAUAUAAGUAAAGAUCACCCACCAAAAUGCAUGAAAAAGCAGUAGGAAUUCUGUAGACCACCUCAGUGGUGUGUGUGUGUUCACUCAUAAAUGGAAGCUCAGGUUAUAGUGUGAUGGGGAGCGUGUUCUUCUAGCUUCAUUCACUGAAGAUGUGCAAGUCUCUUACAGGUUUGAAUCUUCAGGCUUCUGAGAGAACUUCAUGGUUUGAAUCUUCAGACUUGUGAGAGAACUCUGAGCCUGAGGUGUGGCUGAUGUAUCCUGUCACCCAGUAGGCUGUCAGAUGAUGCAGACCCCCUUCCUGUGCCUGGAUCUCUUCUGUGCCUCAGACUUUCUCGCUUGGGCUCAAGGCUGCAUGUGAAGUGGGACUUGGGAAAGGAGAGGACAGAACUAGUGGCUGCUGCUGCUGCCUCUGCCCUGCACCUUCCUUCCCUGUGUGCCUCAGUGGUACACCGUUUGAUUGGCCUAUCUGAAAAGGAAGGUGUGAGAAGCAAAGCCCAUGGCUGUAUUCCCCUGCCAAAUAUGUGGCAAAACGUUCCUCACUCUGGAGAAGUUCACUGUUCACAGUUAUUCCCACACCAGGGAGCGCCCAUUCAAGUGUUUGCAGACCGACUGUGGCAAAGCCUUCGUUUCCAGAUAUAAAUUGAUGAGGCAUAUGGCCACUCACUCGUCGCAGAAAUCUCACCAGUGCACGCAUUGUGAGAAGACGUUCAACCGGAAAGACCACCUGAAGAACCACCUCCAGACCCACGACCCCAACAAGAUGGCCUAUGUGUGCGAAGAGUGUGGGAAGAAGUACCACACCAUGCUGGGCUACAAGAGGCACAUGGCCCUGCAUUCAGCCAGCAGCGGGGACCUCACCUGUGGGGUCUGCGCUCUGGAGCUGGGGAGCACCGAGGCGCUGCUUGACCACCUCAAAGCCCAUGCAGAAGAAAAGCCCCCGCCUGUACCCAAGGAGAAGAAGCACCAGUGCGACCAUUGUGAGAGAUGCUUCUACACCCGGAAGGAUGUGCGACGCCACCUGGUGGUCCACACAGGAUGCAAGGACUUCCUGUGCCAGUUCUGCGCCCAGAGAUUUGGGCGCAAGGAUCACCUCACCCGUCAUACCAAGAAGACACACUCGCAGGAGCUCAUGAGAGAGAGUAUGCAGGCCGGGGGAGACCUUCUGAGCAACUUCCCCACUAUGGAGCCUUCAUUCCAAGUGAAGGCUGCUCCCAUGUCUCCUUUCCCGAUAGGAGUUCCUGCCCAGGAUGGGCUUGUAGGUAGCUUGCCACCUGAGGUUCACAGCCUCACCCUUGGGCCUCCAGAACAGGCCAUCCAGCCUAUGCCACCACCACUGCCAGAGCCCAUUGUCUCUCUGCACCCCAUGGUAGCACCAAGCUCUCCUCCUGAAGUCUUUCAGAUUCCUAAGUUCACCACCAGUGCUACCUCAUACCCUAUACUUCCUAGCCUGCCUUUCAAAGCAGAUGCUAAAGGGUUUUACAACAUCACUUUCUUUGAGGACUUGCCUAUGCAAGAACCUCAGCCACCUCACAGGUUCAACCUUGGUUUUGAGCUGGCUAAUGGAGAGCUCCUUCCUGGGGAGCUGGUGGCAGAUGCUGUGAAUCUAACAAUCCCUGCCGCUCUCGACAUAUCCUCCCUGUUGAGUUUCUGGCAGUUUGUCCCUCCUGCUCCCCCAAAUGUCUUUGGAGAUAGCACUAUCACUCUGGGGCCUAUGGAACCUCUGCCCCAUAUACAGCUGCCACAGGGGCAGCCGCAGAUACAGCUGCCACAGGCGCAGCAGCAGAUACAGCUGCCGCAGCUGCAGGAACAGCAGCUGCAGGAAGUGCAGCUCCAGCAGGGGCAGCUGCAGGAGGUGCAGCUGCAUGAGAUACAGCUGCAGGAGGCGCAGCUGCAGGAGAUGCAGAUGCAGGAGGGGGAGAUGCAGGAGGGAGAGAUGCAGGAGGGGGAGAUGCAGGAGGAAGAGCUGCAGGAGGAGCAGCUGGAGGAGGGGCAGCCACCAGAAGCCCCAGUGGCUGUGGGCACCGUGAAUUUGGGCCAGCUCCCCCUACCCCCGAUUCCCCCUGUCUUUACAAAUGGCACCACCACUGCCAUCCUGCCUCAUUUCCAUCAUGCCUUCAGAUAAAUCGUCUUUAAAAGCAAAUUUUUCUGAUUGUGGAAGAUGUUCUAAGAAGCAUUUUAAACAUCAGUUAUGAUACAAGGAAAGAUGUAGAAAACAGGAAUGGGAGUAUGGCGUAUUCAGUGAUGACUUGUCUUAAGAGAAUUCUCGAAUUGCAUGUAUUGUGCCAAUCUGUCCUGAGUAUUCAUGCUUUGUACCAAAUUUAACGAGUGCGUGUUCUUUAAUCAAACUGCAAAUAUUGUCAUAACCAACAUCGAAAAUGACAGCUGCUAUAUAUAAGUGUUUGUCAUAUUGAGUUUAAUUGUAAGCCAUGAUCAUCAUGUUAACUAAAUAACUUUUUAUGUGGCACUGCCUAGUAUGGAAAGGCUUGGACUUCUCCAAGUUGGGAGAACAACUUUUUUUUUCUUUUUCUUUUUCUUUUUUAAUAAGAAUAUAACCUUUAUAUGUAUGCUAUAUUACAACUAAGCUGUGUAUCUCUCUGUUCAGGGAUUUUUCUACCUUUAGGGUUGAACGUAGUUUAGUUACUAUUACCAUAGCCAACCUGUAGUUUUAGAGAAAUAAAAUCCUUGUAGAACAAUAGGUUCCUCCAUUUUUAAGCAUUUUAAAUGUAGUUUGAAUAUUUUCCAUAUGAUGCUGCAAUGUGAGUUAUCACUUCAUUUAUCUUAAAGACAAAACUGGUUGUCAGUUACAUCUGCCUGAAAAAAAAAAAUCACUGUGUAACCAGGUUAAGUGGUAAAAUAAUCCAGGCGUCAGACAAAGACAUUGUGCUGACUAUAAUAUCGAUUAUAUUUUUAACAGGAAUUUAAAAAUAUUACUGGAAUUUAUAUAUUAAACGAGUUUUCUUUGCCUAGCUUAAACUACUAUUCAAGCUGCUUAAGUUCCUAAGUAUUGUUUUUAAUCACCAAUAGAUAAGUGCAUUUGUAAUUCAUCAGUUUAAGCCAUUAUUAGCAUUUACUCAAAGAGGAUUACAUUUUACAAUGUAAUUGUACCUGUAAUCUCUGUCUCUGAAAUCUUUCUCUUGAGGAUUACAUUUUACAAUGUAACUGUACCUGUAAUCUCUGUCUCUGAAAUCUCUUUCUCUUGAAUAUGGUAUCUUAUGAGUUUUUGACAUGUAAACUGUAACCUUUUAGAAACCUUUGUAUUUUGUUUAGAGGUUUUCUUUUCCAUAAACAUGUAUCUUACAUAUAAUAAACUUUACAUAUCUUGCAA